CAAUUAUUCCAACACUAACAGAGCAAUUACAAACAUUGAUAUGUUUGUAUGACACGAUAGAUUCUAAACCUACGAACUCUUUGUUACCUUUAGAUAUCUUGUUUUUUAUUGACAAUACUCGCUAUUUUUCUUUACUGCAUCAUUAGAGUUAAGGGGUGAAAUGUUGCCGACCGAUUUAGACGAUGCUCAUUUAAUACAACAUUUAAUGAACCAGGACUACGGGUUUGUUUUUUCCUACAACUGUUUUCAUGAAAAAAAUAUUUAUCUUCGUCUGCAUUUACUAAGUGUAACCAUGGGGGAUUUACUUAUAGAACGCUUGCAGCAUCGAAAGAAACUUAAAAAUUCCUUGAGUUUUGGGAAAGAAACAACGGAAAAACCAACUUUAAACAUAACACAUCCUUUGUUAUUGUCAAAAACAAAUGAACAUAUACAAAUAUGUAUAAAUAUUCUUACAAAAAUGUGUUCGGAUACAAGGGAAUUAUCCGAGUUACCGUCCGAAAGGCAAGAGAACAAUAAGGAAAUCUACCGUUCCCUGAUUGAUAUGGUUAUGAGAUUACAUAAGGAAUAUUCCAUGCGUUACACAGUUAUACAAAAGCGUUUUGAUAUUACAAUUCAAUCUUUUUUAUGGACUAAAAAUUUAAAAACUCCCCUAAACAUUUAUGAGAUUCUCCAGCCUUUUGUUGAAUUAAAAAACAAAAAAGAAUGCCCUUAUAUCACAUUAUUAGAUAUAAUUGUACAAGGCCAUAAAGCAUGGGAAGAGUAUGGACAAAACUCGCAAAAAAAAGUUGAACCCUGUUUCCUACGUUCUUUAAAAAUUGGCCAGGUUGAAUCCCGUGGCGGCAUACCUGAGAAUUAUUCAAACAAUCACGUUCAAGAAGAGAGUAGAAGGGCAAAUAGGAGCAUGAGCAAUUUAAUUAAAACUAUUGUUGUACUUUAGAAACUCCCAUUUUAAUCGUAGGAAAUAAUCAUUUAAAAAUAA